UUUACGUAUAAUGCAAUAUAUAGUUUUAUACCUGGAUAUAUUUUAAAUUCUCCUGUGAAUGUGACAUAAAAUAUAAGUAUGAAAUGCAACUGAAUUGAACAAUAAUUAUUUAGAUCUGUAUAUCAUACGGAAUUAGAUUGGGAUCUGACGUUUCAGAAACGAGAAAAUUAUACAUUUUAUCCUUGUCAAAACGAAAGCAGGUUUAAUAUGGCGUCGAUUUGGAUAAGAAUCAUAUUCUUUCUGGUGAUCUCACCAAUAACUACAAAUGACAGAGAGAAUCAAGCAGCCAGUAGCCAACCGAUGUGCUUGCCUUUCAAGGCUCUCUUCCUAUGGCAUACAAGUAGUGGGUAUGACCACUCCUUCGUUCAACAAACACGUUUGAUGAUAAAACUGAUACAUGAUUUUCCCGAAGGUACAGACAUAUCAGUGGUUACAGUUGGCGCAAACAUGAACGCAAAGUUACAUUUUAAAAAGAAAGUAACCAAUCGUAGUUGGAUAAAUGAAUUAAUGCAGUAUGAACCUGGAAAUUCUACAAAACAUGUAAUUCCGUAUUUAGAACUCAGCGCUGCUGUUUACAGUUAUUUUGAUAAGAACGAAAACCCUAAAAUGGCUGAGGAAAUAUUCUUAGUUGUAAAUAAUAAGUCAAUAAUAGAUGAUAAACAGAAAGGAGUUGAAGUGCUAGAAAAGAAGAAAACGUUCAUAAUAUUAUUUGGAAAACAGUCAUCACGAGACGUGUUUACGAACCUUGCAACGGACAAUCGUCAUAUUAUCGGACUGGACGGCAGCGAUGACAGUAUAAACGGUGCUACAAAAUCUAUCCUUAAUCUAUCUUGCCAAGAUUCAAGACUUUUGUGUGACACUGAUAAACACUGGACCGGAGAGAGGUGUUAUAGAUGUACGUAUGUUUGCUCACCGGAUGCGUGGAAACCAUCUGAAUACUGUUUAAGCGUCUGUCCAUAUUUUAAGCACUCUCCACCGGAUAAGGACCCGGAGGUUGACCAUUCUGCCGAUGACCCUUCAGGUUACCAGACUGCAGCAAGACAUUCUGUUGUGAACACCUUCUUACUAUCGGUGAUUAUCUUUGUCUUGGUAAUUAUAUUUUGCUGGAAGUGCAAGCCCUUGAAAGCCAAAAUACUUAAAGUUUGUAGAAAACGAAACUUCAAAAAACUUAAAGUUUGUAGAAACAGAGACACGACAGAAACAAAAAGCUCUUCUUCGAAUGAAUAUUCAGUAAAAAAUGAUGUACAAGAUAAAAAUGCACAUGUAGAUGCGGGAAAUGCACGUGUAGAUGACAGAGUUGUAGCUGAUGGAGAUGAACAUGAACCGAAAACCCAGAUAAAGGACGACAACCUACCUGAUACAGAACGAGUAAAACAGGACGUAAAAUAUACACCUGCAAAAAGAGAAAGUAUCUACUCAGAUUAUGACGAAGAAGUAACCAUUGAGCUGCUUCCAAAACAAGAAGAUAACUGGCCUGAAGAUAAGCCAUAAAGUAGGUGCGCCAUAUGGGGACACAGAGCAAGCUUCAAUGACGAGACAACGCUCCGGGUUAAGAAGAAUUGCACAAUGUUAAUACAAAGGUGUGCGCACGUAUUCGACAACUUGCACGGGUUAUAGGAUUCUGCACAGUACAGUUUUGCUACGAUUUAUGAUGUGGUAUAAUAAUAGUUAUUAUGAUAACACCGUGUUAUGUGUAUUUUCAAAUUUUGGAACCACAUUUAAAUUGACAAUUGAAGGCCAUAUUGUCUUUUAUAUAAAUUACUGAUCGCAGAAGACAAUUUAUUUCAUUUGGAAGCAGAGGCAUAUUCUGAAGCUCCUGGGCUGCACGACACCCUAUAUGAGAAUACAUGACUUCAGUAAAACGUGGUUGUGUUAACUGUUUAACAUUGCUAAAUAAUUGUUGUUUAAGUUCGAAAAUUGUAAAUAAUAUUAAUUCUGAAGAAAAUAAAUAUGUAAAUAGUAAAACUAGUUGUUGAGAAAGUUGAAUGUUCGAAAAAUCCACCAAAAUACUAUGGUAAGGAAAACACUAUCAUAAGCAAAUUCUAUAGUGAAUAUUGUUAUGAACAUGUUACGUGUAUGUUUAUAGUGUUUUCUUUUGAUUUGCUGGAAAUUUAAAGUAGAGGUGUUAUUUUACCUGUAGAUAAAAGGUAAGGGUAGAUUUCCCGCAAGAACAGAGCACCCCAAUCGCAGCCAUAGAGCCAUGGUCCGCAAAGUAGGCCCGUAACAAAAAGAAGUUGUAACGUAAAAAUAUUGUAGACGUGUUGCUUCAAAAACAACAAGUACAUUUUUAUUAUAUGCAAAAUACAGAAAGAUGGGGACGGGGGAAAGUGGAGCAAGGAUGAAUAAGUAAUGGUGAUAAUGAUCCCGAUACGGGAGGGAUAACUGUCCUUAUUUCCUUUUGCAAAUUAUCUACUUCUGUGUUACAUACUAAGUUAAAUACAUUUUAGAACACAAACUGCAAGUUAGCUUUAAGAAACAAACAACAUACCUGGCUAUAUAUCUUUUUUGAAACUGUCGAUUCACAUGUAUCUAGUUUAGUAUGAAAUGUUAUAUUGUUUAUUGAAAAACAUGUUAAUCAAAUAAAGCAUUAUGACAGAUAUUGAUGCAUUAUAAUGUAGAUAGACAAGUUCAAAGAUCAUAUGAUUAUGAUAUAUAUGGCAAACUUAACUCUUGUGAGGAGCUUAUAGCAAAUUUUUAGACUCGUUAUGAGUCAAACCGAUAUUUGACAUGGUGAAAACUUAUCACCUGUGUUAUUUUCAUUGUUUUUUAAAUUCAUUUCAGUGAUUUCAUGUCUCAGAAAUAAAGUGGUCUCCAUAUUUUAUCUGAUAAUGUAAACAUGAUGGUGAUGAUGGCGUUUUUAUGUAACUUUUAUGUUUUAAUAUGCAGAUGACGCUGCUAAUUUAGCUGAUAGCACACGUAUGUGUAAUUUGCAAAUCAAACAUUGUUGUAUUUUGGAAAACGAAAGAAGUUUAAGAUACAUUCCUGAUUUCCAGUAUGAUAAGAACGUUUCUGAAAUUGUUGAUCAUUUUACGUACUUAGAUGUAUAGUUCUCAUUCAUUGGUAUAUUGGACCGAUAUAUACAUACGAAAAAUCUUGGAUAUCCGACUAUAUCAGUUUUUUUUUGUAUUACCCAAAUGAAUUUUGACACGAGUGUACGAGGUAUAGACAUUUGCAGUACGGGGUAUAGACCGUUUUCAGAAAUAUCCUGAACGGUGUAUAGACGAAGAAAUUUGAGAUGUAUUGAAGGUUUCAUUCAAUAUGAUUACUUAAAGUUAUCUUUUCAGAAUGUCAACAAUGAUGUACAAAUGUGGAGCCAAAACAUGAAGCUUAAAAAAGAUAAUGGAACAUUAUUUUAUGAAACCUCAUUUCAUUUCUUAAGUAUUAUUGUUAUGCUUAUUCUUCUUUUUUCAUUAAUAGUCAUGUAUGUAUCUCUGCAUAAAAUUGUGAUACAUUAUACAAUGAAUUGUCAAAAGAUGCAUGCUGCAAACAUUUAGGGGUCUUCCUGUUAAACAAAUAAAUCUGUAUUACACUUACCUAGAUUACUUCGUAAAUUGGAGAUAUCUACAUUUUUGAUAGUGACACGUGAGCUUAUUAUUCCGAGAUGAACUUAAAAAUAAAAAUUAAAAAUUAUUCCGAAUUGAGAAUAACUAGUCCAUAGACACUUGAUAGGCUUAAUAAAUGCGUAUGUUUCAUUUCUUUUGUACUUUUUUCAGUGCACGAUAUAACUUCCUACGGUGGCAUAGAGGGGGUAUAGGAAAUAUUUUAUUCAUCAUGUGCGCAUGUGCUAGCAUAGAUGGGGACUUAAAGUAACUACCAAUAAAACAAAAAUUAUGAUUUUUGAAAAAGGCCGACAUACUCAACACAAUUUUAUAUAUAAUGAUACAGCGUUGGAAAAUGUGAAAAUAUUUAAGUAUCUUGGAAUAAAUUUGUUCAAAAGUGGUCAGUGGUACCGGACACAAAAGAAAUUAGCUCAACAUUCCCUGUUUUCAUUACACAAUUUAUUUACAGUAUUUAACCAGUUAGAAUUAUCUAUUAAUGAAAAAUUUAAACUUUUUGAUAGCAUUGUUGGUUCAGUUUUAAACUACGGUGCUGAAAUUUUUGGUUAUCAUGAAGGGAAAAAUAUAGAAAUGAUACACUGUAAAUUUCUUUAAAAAAUCUUAUGCGUAAAAAAGACAACAAAUCUUGAUAGACUUUAUGGUGAAACGGGGAGACAUCCCAUGCGAAUACAACGAAAAUUAAUUAUGAUAAAAUAUUGGUUAAAAAUACUCUCUUUAGGCAAUGAUACUUGCUGAAACGAAUGAACUUGAUGCAGAAAAUGGUCUUUCUUAUGGUGGAAAUAAUUGGGCAUUUCAAAUAAAACAAAAUCUAAAUGAAAUUGGAAUGACAAAUCUGUGGAUUAAUCAAGAACAUUUAACAGUAAAUUUUUUGCAAAUAAAAAGUAGAAUACUCGACAUCUAUAAGCAAGAGUGGUACGGUAGCGUUAAUAAUUCUAGUAGAUUAUCAACAUACAGUAUUUAUAAACAUUCUUUUGAAAUAGAAGAAUAUCUUAAAAAAGUUAACAUUAACAAAUUUCGAAUUUCACUUACAAAAUUUAGAUUAUCGUCACAUAAUUUAGCAAUAGAAACUGGACGAUACGAGAAUGUUACACGUGAAAACAGACUUUGUACAAAAUGCAAUUUAAAUGUAGUAGAAAAUGAAUUCCACUUUUUGUUAGUUUACCCGAAAUAUUACAAUCUACGUCGCAAAUAUUUGAAACCAUAUUACUGUCGUUGGCCAACAGCACAAAAGUUUCGAAAUUUAAUGUCUGCAUCAAAUACUCAGAUAUUAAACAAUUUAUCAAAAUUUUUGUAUUUUGCAUUUAAGGAAUGAAACAAUGAUUAAAGCAUUUUUACGCUCAUCAUCUACAUUACUUUACAUACUUAUUUUAUCAGUAGAACAUUAUUACUUUGUAAACUGUGAAUACGUAAAUACUUUCUCUGUAAAACACUAUCACUUAGUAAGCUGUGAGUCAUCUUACAUUACAUGAUUGUUUUUGUAAUUGUAUUGGCUAUAAAUGUGUAUUUGUCAUUUUAUGCCAAAUAAAGUAUAUGUUAUGUUA